CAGAUGCUUCUCAAUUCCAAUUCAGAAAUCAGAGCAUCUCUCAUUACCAAACACCAAAAACAUAGACCAACAAAGGCAUAAUUAUUAGUAGUAUGAAUAUGCAUUGAAGGUUGGCUGAAGAGUGAAGCUGUAUACCAACUGGUAGUUAGGGUUUUUUAAACUCACUUAAGCAAUAAAAUUCAAACAACCAUCGCAACAAAGUUCAGUUAGUUUCAAAUUCAAUUCAUGUUCCUUGACUUUUUUGUGUCACACGUGAGAAAUCUGAAAUCAGUACCAGACAAAUAUUCUUCUUAAUUAUUCCAACUCUUGCUUUUGGUAAUCGGAUUCUAUUAUUAUAUUAUCACCUGUUGCUGUUGCCUGUUGGUCCAUUUUUUAAGUUAACAAUUUAAUGUUUUAUUACAUAGUCUAAAAUUAAUAAACUAUGGUCUUAUAAUUAAUUAAUUAAAUUGGGUUGGCGUCGAUGUUCCAAUGAUAAGGGGGUUGGUUGGCUGUGCUUAGUAUUAGAGAGUAUCUGUAUCUCUUGGGAUUUGUUUUCUUAAUUAAAAUAAUCCUUUUGUCUUUGGUGAAUUUCUACUUCUUUCUUGUUCCCUGUCCUAAGCUCAUCAUUUCUUCGGGGGGUUUUCAGGAUUUGUUCGGUAAUCACGUUUUUGUUGGGGCAUCACAUCAUUGGCGGUCAGCCCGUUCAUGAAGAAGGCUUGGUUGUUUUCUGCUUCAUCUUAGAACAUUUGACCCGAGGUUUGCCAAAACAAUAUAAGAUACUAUGGCUGCUUAUUUUGCCGAUUUAGGCAGCCAGAGAGAGAAUUCGCGAAGUCCAUAUCCAGGAGACCACAAACUUGCUUCAUAUUCAGAAUUUCCCUCCCACGACAACAUGACAGUUUAUAUGAACCAUAAUUCUGGCGCUGGAUCAUAUUCAGAAUUUUUAUCUGGUGGUUCUUUGUCUUCUCACAACUGUGCUGAAUUUCCUUCUGCUGGAGACAGAAAUGAGAUGGUGUUCAUUCCACCUACCAAUGACGCGAUAAAUCUGCAAUCUAUAGAUGAACAAUUGGACACAUCAUCAACUAAUCCACGGGUGAUGUCCAGUACCCAACUUGGGAUUGUAGAUAAUGAUCUGACUUUUCAGAGUCAAGGGUUAUCUCUGAGCCUUGGUACCGAGAUGCAGUCUUCAGCGUCUGUGCCUUCAUUCCAAUAUCAGAAUCCAAACUUAUUCAUGUCUUCGUUCUUAAAUCCUCAUCAACCUAUGCUCGGAAAGUGGACAGUAUCCCCUGAAGGUGAUGAAUGUAAUCAGAGUAAGGGGCUGAGGAAUUCUCCGUGCAUGCUUGCAUUUGGUGGAGGCAACCGUGGCUCUAUCAAAGCAGAGGUGUAUCGGGAUCCUCAGUGCCUAGAUAACAAUAAAGAUAAUCAUUCUGAUGCAUAUACGUAUCAACCUUCACCUUAUGUUAAUCCUAUAGUAAACUCUAAAUUUCUCAAGGCAACGCAGCAACUGCUUGAUGAAGUGGUUAGUCUCAGACAAGCCCUAACGCAUCAUCAAUCUGACAAAUGCGAUGACACAAGGGAGACUGAUGGAAAAGCUAGCAGCCAAUCUAUACCUCCCUCAUCUAGUGGGAUGUCAACCGGUCCUAGUGAGUCAAUUGCAAUUUCCUCUGCUGAGCUAUCUCCUGCAGAACGACAUGAUUUACAAAACAAGAAGACAAAGCUUUUGUCCAUGUUAAAUGAGGUAGAUAGAAGAUACAGGCAGUAUUUCAACCAAAUGCAAAUGGUGGUGGCAUCUUUUGACAUGAUAGCAGGGCAUGGAGCAGCGAAAUCAUACACGGCACUUGCUCUCCAAACGAUUUCUCGUCACUUCCGCUGUUUGCGUGAUGCUAUCAGCAACCAGAUAGAAACAGUGAGGAAAAGACUUGGGGAGGAAGAUACUUCAGCUAAUGGACAAGGAAGCAUACCACGUCUUCGCUAUGUGGAUCAGAAACUCAGGCAACAUAGGGCUCUUCUGCAUAUUGGUGCAAUGCGACAUGCCUGGAGACCUCAAAGGGGACUUCCUGAGAGCUCUGUUACGAUCCUUCGAGCCUGGCUUUUUGAACAUUUCCUUCAUCCCUACCCUAAUGAUUCAGAGAAAAUAAUGCUAGCAAAGCAGACAGGCUUGAGCAGAAACCAGGUUGCAAAUUGGUUCAUAAAUGCACGUGUUCGGCUUUGGAAACCCAUGGUUGAGGAAAUAUAUAAAGAAGAAUUUGGUGAUUUAGAAGCAAAUUCCAAAUCUUUUCAGGAUGACGAUGCAACCAAACCGCGUGGAGAGAAUCAUUUGGCAUCCGACAAUCGAUUAGAUGAGUUGCAGGAUAGCUUGACAUCUGCAGCUACUGAUGGCACCUUCACAGGACAAGUUCAUAACUUGAAAUCUGAUCAUAAUCAGCUUAUAGAAAUCAGAAGACCUAUAGCCAAAACAAUGCUUCAGAAUUGCUCUGUUUUUGAUACCAUAACAGAUUCUGGAUUUAUGAAAUUUCAGCAUGAAUUGAGAUAUAACAUGGAUGACUGUAGCUCUUAUCAAGACAAGAACAUCCCUGAGGAUACACAUGCUGACGGGAGUCUUAUGCCUGGCGCUAUUAGGUAUGAUAUAUCAGCAUUGGAUGAAUUUGCAAUUGGCAGCCAGGUAUCACUUGCACUGGGAUUACAGCAACACGAAAGUGAUGAUUUUUCCAUGACCGGUGGGAACCAUAUCCGAAGUAGCAAUAUAGCAAAUUCCUCUAUGGGAACCGACUCGGUGGAUUAUCAUUGCAUGGAUCCUGGAAAGCAACAGGACAGGUUCGGCAACCCCCAUCUCUUACAUGAUUUUGUAGUUUGAAAAAGGACUCCUGGAUGUAUGUCUCAAUAAUCAGUCUAGUCGAGAGAGAAUUUAUUCAAUGUUUUGAACAACCGGACACAAAACAUAACAUGCUAUAUGUGUGAUGUUGCUCUGGUUUCAACAUUCGACUCAUUUGUGGUUUGAAUAUAGGAAAACCAGUCCAGGUAUAGCUGUACAUAUGUUUCACUUGUAAUAUACAGAUGGAUUGGUGGAAUUGUCGAUAUAUUUUAUACAAUAAAGAUGCUUUUCCUCUCUA